CGAUUAAAACAAGACAAUGGAUUGGGGAGCUCUGCAUACCAUUUUAGGAGGUGUAAAUAAGCACUCCACCAGCAUCGGGAAGAUAUGGCUCACAGUCCUGUUCAUAUUCCGUAUCAUGAUCCUGGUUGUGGCUGCAGAGAGAGUCUGGGGGGAUGAACAAGAUGACUUUAUCUGCAACACUCUGCAACCUGGUUGCAAGAAUGUUUGCUAUGAUCACUUUUUCCCCAUCUCUCACAUCAGGCUCUGGGCCCUGCAGCUGAUCUUUGUUUCCACACCUGCGUUGCUGGUGGCCAUGCAUGUAGCUUACAGAAGGCAUGAGAAGAAAAGGCAGUUCAGAAAGGGAGACCAGAAAUGCGAAUACAAGGACAUUGAAGAAAUCAGAAAACAGAGGUUUCGUAUUGAGGGCUCCUUGUGGUGGACGUACACUAGCAGCAUCUUCUUCAGAUUGAUCUUUGAAGCAGUCUUCAUGUAUGCAUUUUAUUUCAUGUACGAUGGGUUCCGAAUGCCUCGCUUAAUGAAGUGUAAUGCUUGGCCCUGCCCCAACACAGUAGACUGCUUUGUUUCUCGACCUACUGAAAAGACGGUUUUUACUAUUUUCAUGAUUGCUGUGUCCAGCAUUUGCAUUCUUCUAAAUGUGGCUGAAUUGUGUUACUUACUGACAAAAUUUUUCCUCAGAAGGUCUAAAAAAGCUGGAAAUCCAAAACAUCAUCCCAACCAUGAAAAUAAGGAAGAAACCAAACAAAAUGAAAUGAACGAGUUAAUAUCUGAUAGCUGUCAGAACACAGUUAUAGGAUUUUCAAGUAGCUAAGGUGGUGUCAAUGCUAGUGUUCACUCUUUUUGGAGUGAAUGUUCUUUGUUUAAAGGCUGCAAGUGAAAUUUGUUAUAUGAAACAAUUUAAGUUGUGUGAGACUUUGAUACAUAGUGUCAGGUGUCAGUUAUGCAGAUGUCUGAAAAAAGUCAGGGCAGCCUACAGAUGUGAAAAUUGCAUGAGGAUUAAAUAGGAAAGUGUAUCUUCCUAUGAGUUACCCUUACAAGCUGACUAUGACAAGUGGGAAACCCACUAAUACCUUCAUGCUGACACAGCACCUGAAAACUACGUGCAACAGCAAUAAGAACAAAAUUCUUUCCAAGCUAUGUACUCUAGUAUUACAA